CAGCAGCAGCACGGAUCCGCUACGCUGCUGCGGUGCACUGAUGUCCCAGCAGAAACUUACGGUGCACACCGCAAACCGAGCAGGAUGAAAACGAAAAUAGAUGGUAACCUCGAAUUUUUUAAGAAACCGCCCUCUGCGUUUUUUUCUCCUUCUUUUCUCUAAGAACAACUGUCCCAGAUUUGUGCCAGGUCUCAGAUCACUGGGCUGGCAGCCUGUCAGGGAGCUGGCGUCACUGUUAGAGAGGCUGCCCUUCAACCAUCUAAACAACUGGAGUCCUUUCAGAGGCUUGGGCCUGUGUUAAUCGCUGACCUCUCUUGAGGAUGCUUGCCCCAUGUGAACUGAAUGAAAACCUACCUGGCAAACACUGAAGUCCUAAGUGGAUUGAAGAAGGCUAGUGAGGGAGCCCGAGAGGGAGGGAAGACAGAAGGGAUUAGCAGCUAAUCCAGUGCACGGACAAUCCUGAAGGAGCUUUAUCGUUCUUCCAGAACGAUGCAGACAAAACAGUUACUGGAUUACACCGCUUUACUUUAUUGCCCUUUCCAAGAGCGCAUCGCCCUUCUUCUUUUGCUCUGAUUGCUUUCGUUGGCUCUCAAAAGGUUUUACCUCUUGGGUGCACAGGGAACAGGGAACAGAGGACAAAGAAGCCGGGCGUCAAGGCCUGGGGACAGGAUGUCCUGUGGACAGUGUGGUGCCACACAUGGAUAAAUCUUUUCAGCGGUAGACUGUGCAUGGCAGCGGACGCUCUGUUUUUUGUUUGCUCGGACACUAAGGAAGACAAGUGGAGAACAGCGCAGUGGAUAAGACACUUAAGACCCUCUCAGAACAAACACUUAAUGCCAUGGACCCCAAACUGGAUUUCAGACUUGACUGACGUGUAAUCAGAGUCCAGGCGUUUCCAUUCAAAUUUUAAAGGGAAAUUACGCAACUUUUCUUUGCCACUAUGAGUCUUGGAAAGCUGCCAGGGAUUAAAGGCCUUGUGUCUGGCUCUCAAGGGAAACGUCGCUUCAAGAGCGACCUCUCUGUGGACAUGAUCAGCCCACCGCUGGGAGAUUUCCGGCACACCAUGCACGUCGGUCGUGGCGGGGAUGUGUUUGGCGACACUUCCUUCCUCAGCAACUACGGAGGCAUCAAGGAGCCAGGAAGUCCAGACUCAGCGAGCAGCUCCAAAACAACAGGAUUCUUCACACGCACCUUUCGGCAUGUGCGCAAGACUUCUGGUCCGCGGCCACGAGGGGGUUCUCGCGAUUUGUCUUCCCCGCCGCCAGAUAUCUCACCUAUCAUCAAGAAUGCGAUCUCCUUGCCCCAGCUGAACAUAGACUCACCCAAUGGGUGCCUGCAGAGGGUGCCGUUCCCCAGCUCCAUCAGCUCAACAGAUGAUUCCUUCUGCACAUAUGGUCUGCAGUCUGGGUUUGUCACUCUGCCGCGCCUCUCCCGCAUCGACAGACAAUUCCAUGAUGGAAACGCGCAGAAAGGCUCGGCACCAGACAGUGGCAGGCUAACACGUACGCGCUCGGACUCCCUCACUUCCUUCACUGUGGACCUCGGCCCUUCUCUCAUGGCUGAGGUCUUGGGCUUGAUUGACGACCCCAACCGCCUUCGGAUAUCCAAUCACAGCCAAGAGGCAGGGGAGGAAGAGCAGGGUGAGGAGGGAGACGACAACAGCUCGCUAACAGAGACGCCCGUGCAGACCCCUCUAGUCACCUCACCCGACCUUUCCGUGUGCAGCGGGUCAAUCGGGCAGGACACAAACAACAGGCGGUGCUCUGGUACUUCUGAUUUGACAGAGGAGGAGGACAGGAAGUCUGUAAGGACACCGGAUGCGUCCGCUCGGUCUCCUCAUAGAUCGGAGCCUGUCAUGGAGGCAGAAAGGUUCCAGAAGGCUGCUGACGUGCUGUCCCGCCACUACGGCGGAGGAUCCUUCACGAAGGGAGUGAGGAGGAGCAGUAGCGGUACAAACCAAUCUAUUUCCCAAAGCCGCGAAGCAUCUCACGAAUCAAGUGAAGAAGAGGAGGAGAUAAAAGUAUAGAUGUCAAAACUCUGAAACUGUCCAGCGACCUGGGUUCACGAAGGAGGAACGUGUGACUUUCUGUUCCUCAACAGAAACAUCCUUCAUCCUUUACACAUGCAUAUACAUGGAAGUAACUGACCAGUACUCAGUCAUGAUGCCAGACCUCCCCCCUCUUCCUGGACAACACUGCUGUUGUGAUAUUAAACUGUCUAUUUAUUUGUUGCUUUUCAGUAUACAGACAAAUAACACUAUGUAGUCAUGAUGUUCUGAAGCAAAUUAAAAGAACAAUGAAGAGUUCGCAGGGCUGAGAUGUCAAAGGGAAGCUGGGAUUUAAAGGAACAAAGUAGCUGCAUUAUGUUUCAAUAUUAACACAUUACAGUCCCUGUAAAUAAAUUUAACAGAAGGGAUUGUUUUGUUUUUAUUUUGUUUUUUUACAGGUUCAAUUCUAAUACUAAUCCAAAGUCUAUAUGAUGACCUCCUGUAACAACUAUAAUACUCAGUAAACAUGUAUCAGUGUUAGACUCGAUGUUGAAUAAAGUGUGGGCUGGUGUAAUAAAAGACUGAUUUAAAACAUGAAA